AACGCAUCGCCGUGAUGCAUGAUGGGAGCCGCAGCCAUGGCAACAUAUGGCAGCAGGAAAGAGACGGAACUUGCUUUUUUAGCAUACAAAUAACUUCACGAAACGAACCUACUCUGUUUAUCCUAACUUUCACAUUGUCUGUGUUCUUUGUCGUUUUAACGAACCCGGGCAGUUUGUGUCGGUGACAUUGGCGAGGCACAGCACGUUUGGCCGUCGGCAUAAAAGUAAAUGUUUAGUUGGCGGCCAUGUUUGUUAUGAAGCGUUUGACUGUGUUCAAACGUGACUGCAUCGAUUAAGUGACUUCUAGUCAUGUCCGGGGGGAAGCAGCCGGUGGACGGCCUGCUCCUCGGCGACCGCAACCGUUCUUACGGUAGCCUGGUCCGGUCCAAUUUGAGCCCGGUUGGCAGCAGACUUGUAGAACAUCACAUCCAGCCCGGAGAAACCCUCCAAGGUCUAGCCCUGAAAUAUGGAGUCACUAUGGAACAAAUUCAAAGAGCCAACAGACUGUACACUAACGACUCCAUCUUCCUGAAGAAGUCCUUGUCCAUCCCUGUCCUCUCAGACGUGGAAGGCCACACUUCUGAUGAAGGUAAACCUUUGGGUGAGGAGGACUCGCAAGAGGCGGCGGGACGGAAUUGUCCUAAAAACGGCCCUAUAGCGAGCCCCUCCGCCCGAGAGAAGGUGGCAGAGCUCACAACCAGGGAUUUUUUGACACAACUUGACGGCUUCAUCAGCGAGUCCAAGCAGGCCGCAGUCAGAGGGUGGAAGGAUGCAGAGAAAAGAGUUGCCGACCUGGAGGCGGUUUGUGUCAGCAGGGCAAGCGGGCGGCGGUCGCCUUCAGGACGGCGCCAUCAGUCAGUGCACGUGACGGUGCCGCUCACCACCACCAAGCUCACUAUGAAGCUGAGAGAACAAGAAGACGAGAUCUUUGAGUUGUGACCACUUCUUCCUCGUUAAACACUGCUGCCCUCGUUCUGCUGCAUGUGUGUGAAAGGCCCAGGAUGGUUUGAAGCACUUUCUUCUUUUUAAAUCUUUAUUUAUUAGCAGAGAUGGACACUGCGGUCCCAUGGCUAGUCAUGUGCUGACUGUCACCUGAUGGUCAUGAGACAUGCCUGGAACUGCCACACUCUCCAAACAUGCAACAAUAGUCAGCGCUGUUCCUAACUUAUUCACUCUAAUAGUUUGUUACACCACAAUAGAUUGAUUUAGUACUAAUAUAUGCAGUAUUCAAAAGGUUGUGUUGUAUCAGUGUAACUUUUGUAAAGUUUAUUAACUUAUGAACUGCACUUUUUUAAAUUUUGUUUAUCAUUCACAAGAACACGUUUUUCGUUAUUUAAUGCAUUCUAAAUCGUGAACAAACAUUAGCAAAAGUCAGCUAACAAUGGAGCUCAUGAGAUUAGUACUGUUCUGCCAAUAAAGCGCUCUAAAACCAUCCAAAAACCUCUGUUUUACAAAACCCAAAACCAGUGAAGUUGGCACGUUGUGUAAAUCACAAAUAAAAACAGAAUACAAUUAUUUGCAAAUCCUUUUCAACCUAUAUUCAAUUGAAUAUACUGCAAAGACAAGAUUUUUAAUGUUUGUUAUUUUUUGCAAAUAUUAGCUCAUUUGGAAUUUGAGGCCUUCAAAAUGUUUCAAAAAAGCUGGAACAAGUGGCAAAAAAGACUGAAAAGGUUGAGGGAAUGCCCAUCAAACACGUAUUUGGACCAUCCCACAGGUUCACAUGCUAAUUGGGAACAGGUGGGUGCCAUGAUUGGGUAUAAAAGCAGCUUCCAUGAAAUGCUCAGUCAUUCACAAACAAGGAUGGGGUGAGGGUCACCACUUUGUGAACAAAUGCGUGAGCAAAUUGUUUAAGAACAACAUUUCUCAACGAGCUAUUGCAAGGAAUUUAGAGAUUUCACCAUCUACGGUCCGUAAUAUCAUCAAAAGGUUCAGAGAAUCUGGAGAAAUCACUGCACGCAAGCAGCAAGGCUGAAAACCAACAUUGAAUGCCCGUGACCUUCUAUCCCUCAGGCGGUACUGCAUCAAAAACCAACAUCAGUGUAUAAAGGGUAUCACCACAUGGGCUCAUAAACACUUCAGAAAACCACUGUCAGUUACUACAGUUUGUCGCUACAUCCGUAAAUGCAAGUUAAAACUCUACUAUGCAAAGCGAAAGCCAUUUAUCAACAACACCCAGAAACGCAGGCGGCUUCGCUGGGCCCGAGCUCAUCUAAGAUGGACUGAUGCAAAGUGGAAAAGGGUUCUGUGGUCUGACAAGUCCACAUUUCAAAUUGUUUUUGGACACUGUGGACGUUGUGUCCUGCGGAACACAGAGGAAAAGAACCAUCCGGACUGUGAUAGACGCAAAGUUCAAAAGCCAGCAUCUGUGAUGGUAUGGGGGUGUAUUAGUGCCUAAGACAUGGGUAACUUACACAUCUGUGAAGGCACCAUUAAUGCUGAAAGGUAUAUACAGGUUUUGGAGCAACAUAUGUUGCCAUCCAAGCAACGUUAUCAUGGACGACCCUGCUUAUUUCAGCAAGACAAUGCCAAGCCACGUGUUACAACAGUGUGGCUUCAUAGUAAAAAAGUGCGGGUACUAGACUGGCCUGCCUGUAGUCCACACCUGUCUCCAAUUGAAAAUGUGUGGCGCAUUAUGAAGCCUAAAAUACCGUAACGAAGACCCCAGACUGUUGAACAACUUAAGCCGUACAUCAAGUAAGAAUGGGAAAGAAUUCCGCCUGAAAAGCUUUAAAAAUUGGUCUCCUCAGUUCCCAAACGUUUACUGAGUGUUGUUAAAAGGAAAGGCCAUGUAACACAGUGGUAAAAAUGCCCCUGUGCCAACUUUUUUGCAAUGUGUUGCUGCCAUUAAAUUCUAAGUUAUUGAUUAUUUACAAAAACAAAAUUUUGUUUCUCAAUUCGAACAUUAAAUAUUUGUCUUUGCCGUCUAUUCAAUUGAAUAUAAGUUGAAAAGGAUUUGCAAAUCAUUGUAUUCUGUUUUUAUUCACGAAUUACACAACUUGCCAACUUCACUGGUUUUGGGUUUUGUAUAUUUCAUUUCAUUUUUAUUUAUCUCCUUCAUUGAUGUGCAUCUUUGAUAGACAAUUAUACCGCAAUUAUUCAGUUAUACAGUGACACACCAAUGCCUGAGAAGGAGCAGGAUAAAGAAAAAUCUAAUAUUUUCCUGCCCCCUUCAACAUAAUACGUAGUCUUACUUAAUGAUAUAUAAACCAACAAUUACAUCCAAAUAUAACGAAAACAAACAAAAAAACACACAAAAAAACACAAACUCAAACUCAAGUGCAAAACUUCAUGAAGUACAAACUGAACAAAAUAAAUAAAAUA